AUGAGUUGGAAAGGGUUUCAGCGGAGCGUCGUUCGGGUGGGCUUUCUCUUGGCAAACCCCUCGAGGAAGGAAAGAGGGGAGUUGGAAGUUGAAAGGCUAACGGUGGGAGUGUAGGCGCCGCAAUCGAUUAAACAGAAGUUCAAUAUGGUAUGACGGUUCUUGGUGACGGCCAUCAUCCUGAUCAUGAUGUUUGUUUUUUUCAAGAGAAAAAAAAAAGAGAUACCGUUCGGUCGGUAUGAGGCCCGGAUUGGUGGUUAACGAUAAAGUUUAGGGUGAAGUCACGAAAGAUGCAAUCUACCUAGAUGCAGAGAGACGAUUUGAAGAGCUGGAAAAGGUUUGUUUGAGGCUAUGAUGUUAGCUCUGGGAAGCAGCGUGCUAAGACUUGUUGCGCCUUAGGAAACGAAGAAGCUCCAUGAUGAAUCGAAAAAGUAGGUUACUCUGGGUCCUUCACUAUUGUGGGCUGUUCUGAUUUGCCGUCUAGGUAUUUUGAUGCUAUUAAUGGUAUGCAAUAGAUAACCUCCUAGGUUCAGCUAAAUGGAUUACUGAUGAACCCCAGGCAUGCUGGAUCAUCAGAUCGAAUUCUCAAAGUCCAUUGCUGAAAUCUACAAGCCGAUCUCUGGCCGGGUGUCGGAUCCGGAUUCGAUUGAGGCCGAAGGAAAUCCUGAGGGUAUCCGGGCCUGCGAGGAGUAUGAAUCUAUCGUCAAUGACCUCAAGGUUACUCUGCAACCGGAGCUCGAAAUGAUCGAGACACGAAUAAUUCGACCGGCUGAUGAGCUCAUGGAGAUUAUCAAGGUCAUUCGAAAGACGUCCUUGAAGCGCGACCACAAGCAACUAGAUCACGACCGCCAUCGGGCAACUCUCAAGAAACUUCAGGAUAAGAAGGAUAAAACGCUCAAGGAUGAGAAGGCGAUAUACAAGGCGGAGGGCGAUGUGGAGCUAUCAACGCAGGAGUUCAACUACUACAACGAACUUCUUAAAACAGAGCUUCCAAAGCUCUUCACGCUCGAAAGAGAGUUUAUUCAGCCUCUAUUCCAGAGCUUCUACUACAUGCAAUUGAACGUGUUCUACACUCUUCAUGAGAGGAUGCAAGCUAUCAACAUCGGCUAUUUUGACCUCACUCUCGACGUCGAGACAGCUUUUGAGAAGAAGCGCGAUGGCGUCCAAGAGCAAGCAGAAGCCCUUGCUAUAGUUCGAUUCAAGACAACCGGUCAGCGCACCUCAAAAUUGAAUCCAAAAUUCCAGGGGGUCGGUAAAUCAGAUAAAGCUUCGGUGACGUCACGACGAACAACAUCCUUGGACAUGUCACGUACCACCAGCGACAGUACGGAAACCCCGCCACCGCCCUACACAUCAACCGGCGCUCCCGCAUCAACCAAGGAAAAUGACCUCCUAAGUCCCGCUGUCACCACCGGCGUCGCGAGAAGCAACUCCACCGGGACAAACUACUCGGUAGUGGGUAAGAAGGCUCCUCCCCCACCCAGACCGAAGCCGAAGAAUUUGAGCGUUGAACCCGAGAAGGCGACGGCUCUAUACGACUAUGAGGCACAGGCGGAUGGGGAUCUGAGCUUCAGCACCGGGGACGUCAUUGAGAUCGUGCAGAGGACUAGCAACGAUAAUGAAUGGUGGACCGGAAAGCUGCAUGGUAGGACGGGACAGUUUCCGGGAAAUUAUGUCAAGCUAGGAUGAUAACCUGUGUCCUGUGUCUUGUGAUGUAUUGGUGAAAGUUUUUUUCCCUUUUUCUUUCUAGAAAUGGUUGAGGUUUCUUUUUUCCUCUCCCCCUUUCUUAUUAUUCUCCUCCUUUCUCAACCCUAUAUUGUAAAAAUGAGCCCCAAGUAUCCCCCCCCCCUUUUCCUUUUUAUGUUCGAUCAUCGAGAGGUGUUUUUGGUAUAUCGUAUCGUCUGGAGGGGGUUAGUUCCGUCUUUUUUUUGCUUGCUGUUCUACAUUUCCUUUCUUUUCUUUUUCUAUCCUUUUUAACUCCCAUAGUUUAGAGGAGCGAUUCUUCUGUAUGUAUGUAUUAUGGAGGCGAGAGGUCAGGGGGGUCUGAAGUAGCUUACAUAGUGGAAUUGAAUGGAGUUUUACAAGCGCUUUCGGGGGUGAUCUGUGUGUCUGCUUUAGGAGUUAGAGGAAGUUAGAGUCAUGAUACCUAGGGGGGAAGGUGGUUGGAGGGGCCGAUUCAACCACGAUAUGAUAGAAAAUUAUCGUAGAACUCAUGAUAUCGGAGAAACAUCGCUAUCUCUCUCCCCCACCCUAGGCCCUACCAAACAUGAGGGGCUUGGUGAGGCUUUUAACCCACCUGCACCAGCCACCCUUGGCCAGCCCUGGUAUUAGGGUUAUGCCCGAAUCCGCUACCGUACCGGGCAUACGAGGAUCAUACCUUCCCGCACGCAAAACCAUUAACGAUCACUAACCUCCUGCCUUCUUUCCUCCCACCUCCAUCCAUCUAUCUCUUCCACAACCCACGCCAAACCAAACAGGUAUGCUCCCUCCGUCCCCCAGAUUUCCUUUUCUCAAGCAGUAAGAGGGGGAAUCAAGAAAUUCCAUGAUGAUACUUUGCAAAACAAAUAUGAUAGGAAGAGUCCCAGCAUUUCGGCAUUUUAAAGAGGCGCUUCGAGACGCUUUCUUUUCUUGAUCGGGGGUGCGGUGAGGACGACGCAGGGGUACUGAGAAUUUUGGGAAAUUUUGGAUCGGAGAGCUCUUUUUUUAGGGGGAGUUGGUCCAAUGGGAGUGCUGACUGAACGGGUGCGAAGAUCUAGGUUGGGGUAAGGUAAUCUAUCGGGGGUGAGGGUGUACUUGAGUACUCGAGCACACUGUACGGCGAGAUUUCUCUUGCGGAUGGGGGAGUAAAGGGAGGAGUGAAGGGGGGGCUAGUCGUGUUUGUGGGAUUAAGCUACAAUGUAUUCUACCGCUAAUAAAAGUAUUUUCCCUCUCCCUGUUGCCGGUAAGUCAUGAGCGAGACCCGAUAUCGUGAUCAAUCGUACCUACAUUACGGCAUUCCUAUCAAUACUCGAGUACAAGUACUUGUACCGUCAACGUUUUGAAAACCACUGCCCAGCCCUCCCAUACCGGUAUUGGGGUGGGAAGUUGAUCAAAUCCAAGUCUUGGCGUGCACGUA